AUGUCAAGUGAAACUGAAAAUAAUUUAAAAAAUGAAAUUGAUAAUAAAAAGCAAGAGAUUCAAUCAAUAGCGCAACAAGCAAGAGAUCAAUUUGAAGAAAUAAAAAAAUUAAAACAACAACAAGAAGAUGAAAAAUUAUUAAUUGAAAAAAUUUUAUUAGAAAAACAAAAGAUUCUUGAACAACUUGAAUCAUAUAAUAAUAAGUAA